AUGACUAUGACCAUAGACACACACAACCAACACCGCUUCGGAUCCUUAAACUUCGACCACAUGUCUUCCUACUCGAGCCACCCGCACUUCACCAACCCUUGGGUUUCGACGUCGGCCCCUGCUGGCCCCGGACCUCAGGGUGGGAGUCAGAGCCUCUACGUGAGCAGCCAGGACGGCACCAGCCUACCUCACCUCAACCUCAACGGCCUCUCAAAACACCAACAUUCCAACAGGCCCAGCGGCAGCACGUCGAUGGCGCCAUAUGCCCCCCUUCCCGUCUCAGCGUCAUCAGCCGGAGAUGUCUACAGCAGACAACACGAUAUGAUGCCCAUGUCCCAAGAUCUCCUCAGCAUCAACCGGUUACAACACCCAACCACAUCGGCUGCCCCUUACGACACCUCGGCCUACACAACAUCGGCGUCUCCUGUCACGGCAUCCUACGCCACAUCACCAACAGCUUAUGAUCAGCUUGGCUACGCGCCAGCGCCUAUCAGGGGGACAUAUGCUGCGCUCGCGCCCGAAGACAGCUCCAGGAGGUACUCUCAGCAGGGACUUCAACCGGACGACCGGAGAAGCUUUCAAGAUGCCCUCGAGGCAAGCCAUGGCAUGAUGUCUCUCAGCCAGGACACACCCCGCAACAUCUACGAUGUUCGUGCUCGGCAACGAGGGUCGACCGAGUCUUAUGGGUUUCCAUCCACCCACUCAGCGACCUCGAGCGUGUCCUCGACCGGCUUCAGCCCUUACUAUGGUGGUUCUGUGGACGGGUCGGUAAGCGACUACUCGACGACUGGUUCCGACAUCGAGUCGCUGUCCGGGCGCACGCUCCCAAGGCCCCAGGGUCUCAUGUCGAGCCAGCCACCAGCGCCACAGUCGAUGAUGGGAUCAUUCAGCUCCAAGGUCUCCUCCAGCACACAAAAGAAGCACAAGUGCAAGGUCUGUGACAAGCGAUUCACGAGACCAAGUUCGUUGCAAACGCACAUGUACAGCCACACAGGAGAGAAGCCAUUCCAAUGUGAGGUUGAAGGAUGCGGUCGCAACUUCUCCGUCGUCUCCAAUCUUCGUCGGCAUAGAAAGGUUCACAAGAACCAAGGAGAGCCCCAGACACCAUCAGAAACUGGUUCCGAGGAUCACCAAUCAGACGAAUAA